AGAGAGAGAGAGAGAGAGAGAGAGAGAGAGAGAGAGGAUGAAGAUACAGUGCAACGCGUGCGAGAGAGCAGAGGCGAGCGUGCUGUGUUGCGCGGACGAAGCGGCGCUGUGCUGGGCGUGCGACCAGAAGAUUCAUGCGGCCAACAAGCUCGCGAGCAAGCAUCAGAGAGUCCCGCUCUCCAACUCCUCUUCUCAGAUGCCCAGAUGCGAUAUUUGCCAGGAGACGGCUGGCUACUUUUUCUGCUUAGAGGACCGUGCUUUGCUCUGUAGAAAAUGUGAUGUCGCCAUCCACACUGCAAACUCUUAUGUUUCUGCCCACCAGAGGUUUCUGCUCACCGGGGUGAAAGUGGGGCUUGAACCCACCGAGCCAAUUGCUUCUUCCAAGGCAAAGUCGAACUCCAUGCAAAGAACUACAGAACCACCCUCUGAACCCUCAUUUAAAUGUGGAACCUCAAUAUCGUUGUCUGGUGAAAACAAUGGAGUAUUAGUGAGCCAACCAGGUGUUGGUGGAGGCUUACCUGCUAGCAAGGUGUCAUUUUCCAGCUGUGGCACGGUGCCUGGAAUUAUUCCCGAUUGGCCUUUGGAAGACUUUCUAGGAUUAACGGAUUUCAGUCAGAACUAUGGGUUCAUGGAUCAGGGAUCCUCCAAGAUUCAUAUCUCCUAUCCACUUUUUUUGGUUGAUGUUCAGCAGGCUGAUUUUGCCAAGCUUGGAGAUUCUGAAUGGUCUCCAAUCUACCGAGCUGCUGCCGAUGAGGAUCUAGACCUUGAUGAAUGCUUGGGCCAGGUACCGGAGAUCCCACAGCCCAAAAUCCCUUCUCCACCCACAGCCACAGGUCUCUACUGGCCGAAGAACUUCCGGAGCAACCAUUCAGCCAACAAUUCGGUAUUUGUGCCUGACAUAUGUUCGCCAUCUUUGCAAAAUGACCAUGAGUACCAACUAAACACAGCGGAUGUGAUUUUGAAAAGACGGAGGCUGUCUUAACAAGCCAGGCAAGGACGCUGGGUCCAAAAUCAUCCUCAGAUAGUGAACUUGCUAUUUUAAUUGUUGUAUAAAGCCUGUAGUUUUCCUUUCCUCCAAAAGCCUUCCAACUUUUUCUUUUUUCUUUUAUUUUUUAACCCUGUCCUUCCUGCUGGUGGGUCUGUUUGGCCUUUUUUUUCUAUAGUGGAAGCUUAAGGAAGUUCUGCCUUCUU